CGAAAAAGUCAAGAAGUUAUUUCUUCUGAUAAUUAUAGCGAUUCUGAAACAAAUAUGUCAAGUGAUAAUGAAAGUUCAAAGCAUAUUGCAUUAAGUGAUUCUGAAAGAGAAAUCAAUAAG